AUGCAAAGUAUUUUAACCCCAAGAUAUACUGCCUCACCUGUUUCAAAACCAAAAAUCAUUAAGUUUAUUCCUUAUACAAUCAAGAAUAGCUCCUCUCUUGGUCAAUUCCCAAUUCUUAAAGUUUUUUUAAUAAUAUUAAAUAUUUAA